ACUGUAGCAGGUUAGGUUGCGAGAUACAAAACUCGCUGCUCGCCUCGGAGUCGGGAGGGGAAGAGGGAGUGAGUGAGGAAGAUGGCGGCGCUUAGUGAGGAGGGGAGGUACGGGCUGUCCUGCGGGAGGGGGGCACAGGACAACCUCACCGUACUUCACGUUAAACUCACUGAGACCGCCGUCAGAGCCUUGGAGAACUACCAAAACACUAAGAAUUCAAUAUCUGCACGCCCAUCAAUUCAAUUUCAGGGACUCCAAGGAUGUAUCAAGAUUCCAAAAUCAGUUAGCCCCAAUGAAAUGCACAACUUUAACUUCUAUCUGUCAAAUGUGGGAAAAGAUAACCCUCAAGGCAGCUUUGACUGUAUCCAGCAAACCGUAUCAAGCUCGGGGCUCUCAAAACUGAACUGCUUGGGAUUCAUACAAGAUAAGAUUACAGUAUGUGCCACUAAUGACUCCUACCAGCUUACAAGAGACCGCAUGACCCAGGCAGAAGAAGAUACACGGAGCCGUGGCACUAAGGUCAUAAAACCUGGUGGCCCAUUUGUAGGGAAGAGGGUCCAUAUUCGUAAACCAGCAAAUAGUAUUCUAGAUGCAGCACCAGAAAGGAAAAGGUCUACGCCCAUUAACCCUGCAAGCACCAUACGAAAGACAAGUAUCAGCAACAGUAUUGCACAACGUCCAUAUAGGGAAAGGGUGAUUCAUCUGCUGGCACUGAAGCCAUAUAAAAAACCAGAGAUACUUGCUCGUUUACAUAGAGAUGGCGUUAAUCAAAAAGACAAGAACUCCCUCGGUGUUAUCCUGCAACAGGUUGCCAAUUUGAACCCAAAGGACAAUUCGUAUACACUUAAGGAUUUUGUUUACAAAGAAAUACAGAGGGAUUGGCCUGGAUACUUGGAUGGCGAUAAACAGCUACUAGACAGAGUUCUUUCUAGAAAACUUAACCAGUCUCAGAAUGCCAGCUCCGGUCAAUCAGACUCUCCUCCUCCGUCAAGUGCUGCAUCUACAUCUCCUACCCAGAAACGACUUCUGGAUUCAGAAUUCAUUGAUCCCUUAAUGAAUAAGAAGCCAAGGAUCUCUCACCUUACAAACCGCGUGCAGCCCACUUUAAAUGGCCACUUGGGUGACAAACCAGCAUCUGCACCGCCUCCACCCUCUGCUGCCGCCACCCCAACACUUCCUCAACUUCCACCUGCACGCCUUCCAGUUUCCAACCCGCAAAAUCUAAACUCAAACUCCAAUUCGCCUAGUACUCCUGAGGGUCGGGGGACACAGGACCUGCCCAUGGACACUUUCAGUCAGAAUAGUGGCACCUAUGAGGACCAGCAAGAAAAAUAUACCUCUAGGACUAAUCUGGAAAAUUCUGUACCAACUCCAAUUAAGAUGGCAAACUUGGACCCCACGGACGAUAAAAAUAGCACAUUGCACAAAAAGGCAAAGAAAGCCAAAAAACACAAGGAUAAAGAACGCAAGAAACUGGACGCUGAACCUACAGAGGAAAAAAAGCCAGCACACCUAAAGAAAGAAGAAAUCAUUAAGGCAGAAAAGAGCCCCAGCCUGGAUGAAAAGAAAGAUGUUCCGGAAUCUUGCAUCCCUUCAGAACCUUCAUCCACAACAGAACUGCCAGAUUACAUAGUGAAAUACACAGUCAUUGUGUCUAAUGAGCAGAGGCAGAGCUACAAGGAUGACUUCAACUCUGAAUAUGAUGAAUAUCGGCGUUUGCACGCCCGAGUAGAAAGUAUCACCAGAAGAUUUAUGCAGCUGGAUGCACAAAGAAAGCGAUUGUCUCCUGGUUCUAAGGAAUAUCAGAUUGUGCAUGAAGAAGUUCUCAAAGAAUAUCGUAAAUUUAAAGAGGCAAGUCCAAACUAUUAUGAAGAAAAGUACAGAUGCGAGUACCUGCACAACAAGCUCGCCCACAUUAAAAGACUAAUAGGAGAGUUUGACCAACGACGGGCAGAGUCCUGGCACUAACGCUCUGCUUAGACAAGAUGUGAAAACUCAACGUUAUUUAUUUAAAAUUCCACAUGUGUUACGCUAGGAUAAAGCAAAGAAACUUUUCAGGAGUUUCAGUAUUAGCAGACAUUGUAUUGUUUUCUUCUCCUGAUGCCCGACCUUCCUUUAUCCUGCUUAUUUAAAAGCUGCUUUCUCCUCUUCCUUGUCCUUUUUGGACUGUCAUUUAUCUGUGGAAAUCAGUAUAGCUACUGGCUCUCCGGUGCCUAUACCUGAUGAACUGCGCAUUUAUGUAGCAUAAUCAUGUGCUUUGGAUAAAUGUCUGUCUUCUGACCUUUCUUAAUGCAAACCCUUUGCCUUACGUGGUAUAAGGUUAAAAAAAAAUUUGCACAAAAUGUAUUAAAAACCUUUAGAAAAAAAUGGUGGGUUAAGGGACAGAAAGUGUAUGUAAGGAAAAAACAAACAAACUCUCUGUCCUUAACUUGAUCGUUAACUUUCAAAUCGUACCCCUGACUUCAAUGGAUGCCUUAAGGUGUUUGCCUGUUUAUACUUGGUGUAGUUAAGUAUUAGCUACACUGCUUCCCCUCUCAUGAAACCUAGCGGGAAGCACUCUGUGGCCUAUCAGCGUCUAGGAGUGUGCUUGUACGCGUGCAAGGAUUGCGUGUGUGUGGGCAUGCAUGAUGAAAUCACAAAGCUGCUAUGAAGUAGGCCAAACGCUCAGGUUUUAACCAACUGGCGAGUGUUAGUGUAGGGGUUUUCCUAUGACUUUGCUAUUUCUAUUGUGGGAAAAUAAAACCGAAGCAUUUCCAUUUCAAGGAUUUGUCCACAUUAUUAGGAGUGAAGGGAGGGCUGAUGAGGGAGCUGGUAUCAAGCUGAGCCUAGCCCUUUCAUUAGAGAGGGGGUAUCUUCUUGUGAAGGGGUUUAACCAAGACACAUUAUUUUGGGUGACAAAUUAAGAAAUAUAACCGUGUAGGUAACCUAUUUAUAUACUGAUAUAAAGUAUUUUUGAAAGAUAUGCAAAGAAGCUAUUUACCUACAUGUAUAUUUAAAGAUUUUUUUUUUUCUUUUAUCUCCUGCAAACCAGGAGUAGACUAAAGUACAGAUUAUAUUUAACUAUAAGAAAAUACUGUGAUCAUCAGACAGCACAAAGUUGCAUUUCAUGCAAUGUACCAGUUUACUUUAAUUAAAAUGACUUUUCAUAUGGGAACAGACUUUUUUUGGUUUUCUUGGCAUUCUGAAUAAACCGAAGUUCACUUUUUGGUUAUUUUUUUUUUCUUUCCCCUUCCCAUAAAAAGUGCUGCCAAUGAAAAAAAAGGGACACAUUGUUUACAGAUGUGAUUAGUGGAAUGUUUGCCAAAAAAGCUUGUUGUCAAUAUGUGUAAUAAACAUUGCCUCCAGCAUCAAA